AUGUUCGAGGUAAACCCACUCAAUGAAGUUGCAAACUCCGAGCUCGUGGAGAUCCGCGCGGCCCAAAGAACUUUCGGAGGGGCCUACAUUCGCACUGCGAUCGGGCAGUUCUCCUUUGCUCUGAUCGUGCUCAAGAUCUUUACGGCGGAAUUCUACUCCAUCGGAGCGCUCUUCGCAGUCUACGGUACCGGCAUCAUGUUCAUCAGCUUGUUCCGACGACAGCAAGGCAACAAGCAGUUCUUCUCCGAACUUGGCGAAGACGGACUGCACCGCAAGAAGUUCCGAACCAGUGGCAAUGUGGUAGCUGUCAUGACGGCACUCAGUGUCUCAGCGUAUGUCUGUCUGCUCGUGCUUACGCUGCGACUUGAGACAUGA